UUGUCAACACUAAAGCGUUUAUUUAUUGUGAAUGUAUUUCUUGUAAUGUAAACAAAACCAGGAAAUUUUACAACUUCAAAACAAAAAAAUUUUAAUAAAUAAUAAACAUGUUAAAAGUUGAAUCUCCUGGUUUCAACUUAAUACCACCAUUACAUGGAAAAUGUGGCGAAAUAUAUUGGAACAACUUUAAAGAUUUCGCAAUUUAUUGUUGCUUUUGUAAUUUACAAUUAUUUGCCUUCGAAGAUUUCCGUGGACAUAUUUUGGAUGUACAUUUAGAAAAUUGUACUUUAAAAGAACAAGUAGAUAUUGAUGAUAAUCCCAUUGCGGGGGAAGUGGAACUAAAGCAAGAACAUUUAACGGCCGGUGAAAAUGAAGAAUUUGAAGCUCCUACAGAAAACUGGAACGAGGAGCAGGUGGCAACAGCAAGUGAGUCGUCCGAUGACAGUGAAGAUGAUUUCCAAGAUUCUAAUAGUAGUUUUGAGGAUAGCAGCACUGAUCGUUCCUUGCUAAAGGUUUUACAUAUCAAAACGGAUGUUAGGGAACGAAAGAAAAUGAGAAGGCUUAAAACUAAAACUCUAAAUAGUAGAAAGGAAUGCGCAGAGACAUUGGAAGCGUUUAAUAAAACUACGUCUAAAGAUGAAUCAAAUGCAGAAGAAAAUUCUGGCGAUGAACCAGAGACGAGACGACGAGCUAAACAAUAUAACUGUCCUGAAUGUUCUGAGAUAUUUUCAAUUAAAAAAAUUUUGGAUGGACAUGUUCUAGCUAUGCAUAAGGGUUACAAAUGCUCCCUCUGUGACAAACGUUACUCACGACAAUCACAGCUUAAAAUUCACUUUAAAUCUCAUAGUGAGGAAAAACCAAAAAUUCCCUGUCCCAACAUCGAUUGCACACGAAUAUUUAGCUGCAUAGAUAAUCUAAAACGUCAUCUUGAGUUGCAUACAAUGCCAGCAACUUUUGUAUGUGCUGAGGAAAAUUGCCGGAAAGCAUUCCCCACCGAACAACGUCUAUUAGCACACUCUAAAAACCAUAAAAAACAUUAUAUUUGUGAUAUUUGUGCUUAUAGUUGUUGUUCCAAUGCCACAUUGAUCAUACACAAACGUAGACACACGGGCGAGAAACCGUUUUCCUGCGACAUAUGUAAAAAACAUUUUAUAUCAAAGUCAGCCUUAGGAGAACAUAUGCAUGUUCAUCGUAGAACGGGUAAUCAUGUUUGUAGGAUUUGUAGUGCUUCGUUUGUUAAUGAUAGAUAUUUGUAUCGUCAUAUGGUCAUACAUAAUUCAAAACGUACUACGAAAUGUUCAUUAUGUGAUAAAGUUUUUCCGACCUCCAAAGGAUUAAGUAAUCAUAGGAAAUAUUGCCAUAUAAGAGACAAAGUUCAGUUAAACAAAUUAGCUGAAAAGAAGGAAAAAUGUAAUGCAAUUGAAUUAGGCAGUGAAGGGGUUCGAGUCAAUGUGUUAAAUCAAAACAUAUCUAAAGAUGACAAUUCCAGUAAAAGUUCUUGCCACGAUACCCAGAAAAAUUCGCACGAAGACCAACAACAACCCAGUGAUAACAAUGAAAUACUAAUAUUUCCUUGUCCUAGAACAGAAUGUGGUAGAACUUUUGCAAGUGAAAAAAAUCUUAAUCGACACCUGGAAGUACAUACCAUGCAAGCUUCAUUUAUAUGUAAUAUUGAAAAUUGUGGUAAAGCUUUCCCCACCGAAGCACGACUAAAGUUACACGCACGAGUACAUAAUAAACGUAAUGUAUGUGAUAUUUGUGGCUAUCGGUGUGCUGCUCUAGCAACUUUAGUGAUACACAAGCGGGUACACACGGGAGAAAGACCUUUUUCGUGUAUGACUUGCGAAAAAACGUUCAUAUCAAAUACUGCCCUACUAGAACAUAUGAACGUACAUGCCACCGCACGUUCUCAUGUAUGUGAAAUAUGCCAAUCUGGUUUUACUAGUUUCAAGGCAUUGCGUCGACAUAAAAAGACCCAUACCAACGAAAGAAACUAUAAAUGUAGAUUGUGCGAUAAGGCAUUUAAGACCUACAACGGUUUGGACAAUCAUAUGCGAUGUAUGCAUCGAGAACCUAAAGCCACAAAUGAAAUACAAACCGAUAUACUUAUUGCGGAUAAUUUUGUGGAAUAUGCUUUGAAAAAAAUCGAUCCAUCAUCAAAUAAGAUAAAAAAAUACAAAUGCGAAGAAUGUAAUAAAACUUUUAAACGGCUCAAUGGUUUGGAUAAUCAUUUAAGGCAAUUUCAUGGUGCCACUGAUUCUUCAAUAGUUGAGAGUUUGGAAAACUCUGAUAAAAAGAAAUUCAAAUGUAAUUUGUGUAAUAAAAUGUUUACCUCUUUGAAACGCCACAAUUUAACGCAUAAGAAUGAUAGAAAAUUUGAAUGUAAAUUAUGUGAUAACAUUUUCAAAACCUUUAACGGUUUGAACAGUCAUAUGGUACGUAUGCAUGGAGAUGCUAAUAAUCUGACGGUCGAUAAAGAAUUAAACAAUGCAGAGAGUUCGGUAGUCGAGAAACUUUAAAUUAAUGAAUAGCAAGGAAGUAUUAUUUAGUUAUUUACUUUAUAAUUUAAGUAUUGAUUGUUUGAAUAAAUAGUUUUAUUUUGAAUUG